AAACUACAAAAGAGGGUAAUGAUUAGGCUAUAAUUUUGAAAUUGAAAAUGUAAGAGGAUUGGAUUUUUAAAUUUUAAAGUACAGGACUAAAUCUCAAACUAUAUAGAAAUACAGGGAUUAAUAGCAUCUUUUAACCGCUGGCUUUUGCAUCCUAUUUAUAACCACGGCCCCAAAAAUACAGUUCAUUUCUCAGUCUUUUCUUGGCUUCAUGGCUUUUCUUGUUUUCUCCAGUUGUGUGCACUCAUAGACUCCAUAAUUUUAGGAGCUUAAGAGAUUGUUUCCAGAUCUAAAACUACGCUAUACUCAUUGGAAAAAAGCACCUCCAACCUUAAAAUUCAUAACCUGAUGGUCUUAGAAGAAGCAAAUCUUUGUAGGCCUACCAACUGUUCGAUGAUUUGCCACUGAAAGCUUCUUCAUUCUUGCCAAAUUCGGUCCUUUUCUGCCAACAGCGACAAACCCCAUAUUCUAAAUGGCGUUGCAUUUGCUUAGAAAGACCGUUGCAUACCCAUCGAUUAGGAAUUCUGGGUUCCUUACAAGGCUGCGUAGUUUCAGCUCAGUGUUCCCUCCAGUUAUCAAUAAGGAAGAUACCAAGCCGACCAACUACUCUAGUAAGAUUUAUCUUUCUCCUUUGUUCAAUGAUUGCUCUUUUAAAUUGGGUUCUAACGGUAUUGAGCUCGUGGAUGAUGAAACCUGGAGAGUCUCGUCGGGUUUAGCUCAUGCUUACAAAGGGUUUGAUGGGGAAAUGGAAACACUACCCUCUAUGGAAGCAGUUGAUCAAAGGGUAGAUAAUGGUUCUCCUAUAAGUGAAGAUGAUCAAGACUUUGAUGACAUAGAUAAUAUGAGAAUCCGGGGUAAUCUUUUUUAUAAAAUCGAUCGUGGUUCCAAAGAGUUCGAGGAGUAUGCUUAUGACUUCCAUAGGAAGAAAGGUCCCAAGAACAAGGAUGAUCGCAAAGAAAGUAAAAAUAAGGAGUCUUUGCAUAAGAAAGAUGAUCCAAAAGAAAGCAAAAGGCUCGAGAAGUCAAAUGUUAAACUACUUAAAGAUGUUAAAAAUGGAAGUGUUAGAAAUAUUCCUGACAAAGUGGAGGUUUGUUCGGCUGAGAAGAAGGUGAGAACUCCCACUUUUAAUCAACUAACUGGUCCUUAUCAUGAACCAUUUUGCCUCGACAUUUACAUAUCGAAAGCAUCGGUUCGCGCCUGCAUCAUUCAUCGGGCCACUAGCAAGGUUGUUGCUGUAGCUCAUUCCAUUUCUAAGGAUAUGAAAUUUGAUUUAGGUUCCACUAGAAAUGCUUCUGCUUGUGCUGCUGUGGGUUUGAUUUUGGCUCAGAGAGCAUUGGAUGAUGAUAUACAUGAUGUUAUUUACACACCAAGGAAAGGGGACAGGUUAGAGGGGAAGCUUCAGAUAGUUCUUCAAUCUAUUAUCGAUAAUGGAGUAAAUGUGAAGGUUAAGCUUAAACAAAGAAGACCCAAGAAAGCAGUGCAGAUUUGGCAGCCAAAUUCUGCUGAAAACUUCAUCCGCUCUUCAACUCCUGCUUUCCCACUCUCCUCUUUUCCCACUUCUCCCGGAAAAAGCACACCACCAACAACAAGCAGACUCAAAGAAACUCUGUUUUUCGACUCAUCCUAUCAAUCUUGUUCUCAACUUUGAUCACUUGAUCAAAAACAGAUAAUCCAGAAAUGGACAAGAAUGAAGGGACAUGCCUGGGCUUGGAAAUACCGGUUUUUUUUACCGGUUUUAGUGAGAACGUUGAGAUACUCUACUUGCUCAAUGUAAGGCUCUGCCAUUGUUUCUUUCGAUGAAUCGGACUUUGUCUUCGUUGACGAAUUUGGUAAAUUGCGUGCUUCUUUAUUUAUAGCUGAAGACAGAAUAUGCUGAGAAUAGAAGAUGAAGAACGGAAGAAUAAAAAGGAAUGAAGAAUGGAAGAAGGAGAAGGAGCCUUACCUGGAUGAAGGAGGAACCGGAAGAGGUCAUUGACCAAACUGAUUUGCAACCCAAGGGGAAGGGGAAAGGGGAGAAGAAGGGUAACCAAACAUUAGAAAAGCCUGAAGAAUGCAACUGAAGAAUAUAUGGGUAAAAGAGGAAAAGAAAAAGCAAUUGAAGUUGCUAAAUUUUUACUGGAACAAGGCUCCAGUCUGGAGUGAAGCCUCCGGUGAGGUGAAAUGCAUUUUCAACGCACUGAAUAAUGCUUUCCAAACAGCCUUGUGUUUACUAACAUUUCAAUUGUAAUUUUUUUUAGUCUAAAAAAGCCAACGUACUGAGAUCCAGUUGCAUCCAAAAGAAGCCUUAAUGUAGUGCACCAGAACCGUUUAUAUACAUAUAUCUAUUCCCCGUGGGGGUAGGUUAAAGGCAGACACUGAUUAGUGUAAGAAACUGAUGAUUGAAAGUUACCUAUAAUACUAAGUGGAGCUUAGACAUC